AUGCCGGUGGCGGAAGUGCUAGUUGAUUCCACUGUAGGCCAUGAGUAUCUUAGCAUGCUCGAUGGAUAUUCUGGAUAUAAUCAGAUAUUUAUUACGGAAGAGGAUGUCCCAAAAAUGGCAUUUCGAUGUCCUGGAGCCUUAGGUGCCUAUGAAUGGGUGGUAAUGCCUUUUGGUUUGAAAAAUGCUAGGGAAACAUACCAUAGAGAAAUGAAUUUGAUCUUCCAUGUUUUCAUUGAGACUUUAAUGCAAAUUUACAUAGAUGAUAUUGUCAUUAAAUUUGGAAUCCCAGAGACUGUCACAACAGAUCAAGGGUCAGUAUUUAUUGGUCGAAAGAUGCAAGAAUUUGCUAAAGAAAUGGGAUUCAAAUUGUUAACUUCUAUGCCAUAUUAUGCUCAAGCAAAUGGACAGGUCGAAGCCGCUAAUAAGGUGAUUAAUGGUUUGAUUAAGAAGCAUGUGGGGGAGAAGCCUAGAAAUUGGCACAAAACUUUAGAUCAGAUUUCGUGGGCAUGUCGUACUUCUCCCAAGGAAGCCACUAAUUCGACCCCUUUGCGACUAACCUUUGGUCAUGAUGCAUUUUUACUAGUAGAAAUUUACCUACAAUCCACAAGAAUUCAAAGGCAUCAUGAAAUUCCAUCAGAGUCAUAUUGGAACAUGAUGUUGGAUGAACUAGUUGAUCUAGAUGAAGAGACACUAAAUGCCUUAGAGUUAUUAAAAUGCCAGAAGAAGAGAGUAGAGAACUCUUAUAACAAGAAGGUAAAAAUUAAAACAUUUUCGCCUGAAGACUUGGUCUGGAAAGUUGUCCUUCCAAUGGAUCGAAAGGAUAGGACCUUAGGGAAGUGGUCUCCCAAGUGGGAAGGUCCUUUUCAAAUUUUGAAAGUAUUCUCUAAUGGUGCCUUUGAGAUUGAGGAACUUAGUGAAGACAAAAGAAUCUUGAGAGUAAAUGGAAAAUAUUUGAAAAGAUAUAGACCAACACUCCAAGAAAUAAAAAUAAGAAAUGGGUAA